AUGAGUGGUAUGUCUUCUAUGCACUCUGUGUUGGUUGGGUUUGUGUGCCUGGCCAUUGCCUCUGCUAUUUGUUGCUCCAGUGUUGGAAGCUCCGACAAUAUCACUACGUGCUUCGAGAGUGAAAGGCAUGCUCUUCUCCAGUUCAAACAAGGCCUUGUGGAUGAGUCUGAUUCUCUUGCUUCUUGGAAAAGUGAGAAAGAUUGCUGCAACUGGAGAGGAAUAGGAUGCAACACCCAAACAGGUCAUGUCACCAGUCUUAAUAUCUCCUUUAGUACUAUUGAUGCUUACUACUAUUCUUCCCCUUCUGAAGCCCCUUUAAGAGGUGAAAUUAAUACUUCACUACUCGACUUGCCUUACCUAAAUUACUUGGACUUCAGUUUUGUUGAUUUUCAAGGAAUUGUGAUUCCCAAAUUCAUUGGCUCUUUGAGUCGGUUGGAAAAAUUAAGACUCAGAGAAUGUAAUUUUAGUGGGCAUCUUCCUCCCCAGCUUGGAAACCUCUCUAAUUUGCACACUCUUGAUCUGUCUUAUAACGAUGGUGUUAGUUUGGAAAAUCUCGAGUGGUUAACUCAUCUUGUUUCCCUGAGAUACCUAAGCAUGUCGAGCCUAGAUUUUUCAAAGGUUGUGAAUUGGCCACAAUCUUUAAGCAAACUCACUUCACUGAACGAGCUUCUGUUAGAUGGGUGCAACCUUCCUAAUAUGAAUCCAAGAUCAAUUUCCUUGAUCAAUUCAUCCACCUCUCUUCAACUCCUCCACCUCUCUUAUAAUAAUCUUAACUCUUCAAUAUUCUAUUGGAUAGCCAAGGCCAGCACCAGCAUUAUCCAUAUUGAUCUGUCUGGGAAUAAGCUUGAAAGUGGGAUACCAAAAGGGUUUCAAAAUUUAUGCAGCUUAGAGUCGUUGAAUUUAUCAUAUAAUAAUAUUUCUGGAAACAUUGAGGACUCUACAAAAGCCUUGUAUUGUGCUAACAACACACUUGAGACCUUGGACUUGGACUAUAACCACUUUUGGGGUUCAAUUCCAGAACUAACAGGUUUUUCAGAGUUGAGAUAUUUUGAUCUCUCUUGGAAUAAUCUGAAUGGGUCUCUAACCGAGAGUAUCGGGCAACUCUACAGCCUCCAAAAUCUGUAUCUCAACGGGAAUUCUAUGAGUGGUGUCAUCACAGAAUCCCACUUUCGGAACCUCUCUCGUUUACAGGCACUGGGACUCGCGCUUAAUCGCUUUUCCAUGAACAUCAGCUCUGACUGGAAGCCACCAUUUCAACGACUAAGUUGGUUAGACAUGUCCUAUUGCAACGUGGGCCCAAAUUUUCCAAAAUGGAUUCUAACGCAGAGAAAUCUUUCUGAGCUUUAUCUCUCUAAUGCCGGAAUAUCAGGAUCAUUACCUCCUAAUUUUUCUGAUAUACUUUCAACUGGCUUACAAACUAUAGAUUUCUCUACGAACCAAAUCCAUGGGAAACUGCCGAAUCUGUCAACAACAAGCUUGGGUUAUGUUAACUUGGCUUAUAAUCGGUUUUUCGGUGCAGUGCCACUAUUUCCUCCAACAAUCACCUUGUUGGAUCUCUCGUAUAACAAGUUUUCUGAGCCCUUGUCUUCCAUCUGUGAAACUAAUUCCUUCGGGGCUCAUAGUCCAUUGCUUAAUCUCGACAUUUCUCACAACCUGCUGACAGGGGAGCUUCCUAAUUGUUGGAUGCUGUUUCAACAAUUGAUUUCAUUGAAUCUUGGAUGGAAUAGAUUAUCUGGGAAACUACCGAGCUCAUUAGGAAAUUUGGAGGGGAUCGAAGCAAUGCGUUUACAUGAAAACAAGUUUUCAGGAGAAUUGCCUUCUUUGGAGAACUGUACUGGAUUACAGUUGGUUGACCUAGGCAACAAUAACCUGUCGGGAAAGAUACCAACAUGGAUUGGCCAAAGCCUAACCGAUUUAAGCAUUCUACGCUUACGCUCCAACAAGUUCAAUGGAUUCAUACCUAUGUCCUUGUGCAAUCUAGCCACCAUUCAUGUUUUGGACUUGUCUCGCAACAAUAUUUCAGGAGCGUUACCACAUUGCUUCAGUAACAUAACAGCUUUGGCUGAUGAUAUUGGAACAGAUUACGAUUCUUCAACAGAACUUGUGUGGAAAGGAAUAGAAAUUGAGUUUGGGAAAAAUCUUGACAGCAUGAGAAGCAUUGACAUGUCUAGCAAUUACUUGGUUGGCGAAAUUCCGGAGAGUAUAGCUAGAAUGACCGAGUUGAAAUCCCUCAACUUGUCAAGAAACCAUUUGACGGGAAAGCUUCCUCAAGACUUUGGUAACAUGAAGAUGUUGGAAUCCCUUGAUCUGUCAAGAAACAAUUUAUCUGGUGAAAUUCCCCCAAGUUUUUCGACAUUACACUUUCUCGGAGUGCUGGACGUAUCACACAACCAAUUGUCAGGAAGAAUUCCAGGAGGCACCCAACUUCAGGGUUUCAAUGCUUCUGUUUAUACUGAUAAUCUUGGACUUUGUGGACCACCAUUGACACCAGAUUGCUCAAGAAAUGGAACCACUCCAACGGAUGAUAACAAGGAACGUCAUGAUAAUGAUGGCCACAUAAGCCUGGGAUUUCUUAUCAGUGCAGUGUUGGGAUUCAUCACAGGGUUUUGGGUGGUGUGUGGCAGUUUACUGCUGAAGAGUUCUUGGCGAUACGCCUACUUCAAGUUCUUCGAUGAUUCAAGAGAUUGGAUUUAUGUCAAAAUGGCUGUGUACAAGGCAAAAUGCAGAGGAGACUACUUCAAAGAUAAAUGGAAAUUCUGGAAUUGAGGGAAAUGAGCCUAUUACCCCGGAAGCAGAGGAAUUCAUGGCUUAUUGUGGAGUGUUUUCAUAUGUUAUGGCUAUCCUUUUCAGAAAAAUAAAGCUUAUGCGUGUUUAUUUUGAGAACUGUAUGAUUGGUGUGUAUUAUGAGCUGGUAUACAAGCUGUUUUAGUUCCGUGCAGCAAAACGUCUCUUUUGUUUCUUUCAGGUUGUACUGUACCUAUA